ACUGUCACAAGCUACAGAAGAUACAAAAAACUUAAGAAUUCAAUAUAGAUUUUUCAUCUGCUGUUCUGAAUAUUGAUUCUAUUUAUAAUGGAAAUGAACGCAAAGGAAAUUAAGAAACCAAAAUCCAAUGUUACGUCCUUGUUUUGCAACAUUAAGCUCUUCGUGCUAUGCCAUGGCCUGCUGCAGCUGACCCAGCUGCUCUACAGCGCCUACUUCAAAAGCACCAUCACCACCAUCGAGAGACGCUUUGGCCUCAGCAGCUUCUCCUCAGGCCUCAUCUCCUCCCUGCACGAGGUGGGGAACACAGUGUUGAUUGUGUUUGUGAGCUACUUCGGAAGCAAAGUCCACCGGCCACGUAUCAUUGGGCUAGGUGGUCUCCUCAUGUCCAUCAGCGCAACAAUCCUGGCCUUACCUCACUUCCUGUCCCAGCCCUACAAAUAUGGCACUGUAUUAGCCGGUAACCAGGACAUGUGUGUGCCUCAAGGAAACUCUACUAAGCUUGGGACCUGCAGCCUGGGGAACUCCCAGCAAACUACAGAAACCAAUAACCUGUGGCUAAUAAUGGCCAUAGCCCAGCUACUGUUUGGUGUGGGUUCAGUGCCCAUCCAGCCUUUUGGCAUCUCCUAUGUGGAUGACUUUGCCAGGCCAGGAAACUCCCCCUUGUACAUAGCCAUUCUCUUUGCCGUGUCUGUGUUUGGGCCAGUCUUUGGGUAUCUGCUGGGUUCUGUGAUGCUGAGGAUCAACGUGGAUGUGGACAGAAUUGACCCAGCCCGCUUGCUAGAGCUGACGCCCUCUGACCCACGCUGGGUGGGGGCCUGGUGGAUGGGCCUCCUGGUCUCUUCUGUGUGUCUGGCUCUCACCUCUAUCCCAUACUUCUUCUUUCCUCGGCACAUGCAUACGGAGGAAAAUGCCACUGGAGAUGAAAGUGUUUUUUUGAAAGAAGACCCAAAGAAUCCUGACAGUUCACUUUUGGACUUCCUCAAGAUGUUCCCCCGGCUCUUUGUGAGGCUGCUGCUGAGUCCACUCUUCCUGCUGCUGGUUCUGGCCCAGUGCUGCUUCUCCUCUGUGAUUGCAGGCCUGGCAACCUUCCUCAACAAGUUCCUAGAGCAGCAAUAUGGCACGUCAGCAUCUUAUGGCAGCCUGCUGAUUGGUGCUGUGAACCUGCCGAUGGUUGCUGUGGGGAUGCUGUUGGGUGGGGUGGUCAUGAAGCGCACCAGCCUGUCCCUGAAAGUCAUCCCCAGGUUCUCGGUCACCAUGCUCUUCCUCUCAGUCCUGUUGUGCGUGCCACUCUUCUUCAUGGGCUGCUCCACACAGACGGUUGCCAGGGUCACAGUCUUCGAUCACCAAGACGAGUAUCGGCAUUUGUCCACGUGCAAAUCCAACUGUUCCUGCUCUGAAACCACCUUCAACCCGCUGUGUGGUUCUGACGGCAUAGAGUACAUCUCGCCCUGCCAAGCUGGCUGUUCCAACUUCUCCAGAGACCCUCGAAAUCCUCACAAGAUUCAGGCCUACACCAGCUGCAGCUGUAUUAUUUCUAAAAGCAAUCCCCUAGGAAGUGGCCGUCCAGGCUCCUGUGACAAGAGCUGCCCCCACUUCCUCCUGCCUGUCAUGUUCCUCAUAUCCCUCGCCGGGUUUGUUGCCAGCAUGACCCACAAUCCCAUCUACAUGAUGGUGCUCAGAACUGUGCCCCAUGAAGAGAAGUCUUUUGCUAUAGGAGUUCAGUUCUUGCUCAUGAGACUACUUGCAUGGCUACCUGCACCUGCCUUAUUUGGAAUGGUCAUUGACUCCUCCUGCAUUUGGUGGAAGCCGAAAUGUGGGAAUAAGAUGGGCUCCUGUGGUUACUAUGACAAUGAUCUCCUCAGAAACAGGUACCUGGGCCUCCAAGUAGGGUUCAAAGCCAUGGGGAUCUUCUUGCUGACCAUGGUUGGCUGGAAGGUGCAACGCAUGAGGGAAUACAGUUUAGAGAACAGACUGGAACAGGCUAAUGUGUAGCCUAGCUCAGCUGCCAUGUAAAUACUUACCUGUGUGAUUUACUGUGUGUUUACAGUUUAUUGAAGUAAUAGUGCACUUCACAUUCAGCCUCUUCCUUAAAGGGACAAGUGAGAGGUAUCACACACUGCCCUGUGGACUUAACCAGGGUUUCCCUAUAGCUUGGAGGGACACAUGGUGCAGAACCCUGCUGUGUGCACUGCUUCCCCUGGAACUUCAGAGGUUGGAGACCUGGGCAGACUGUUUCCUUUUUUCAUCUGCAAAUGAUUAUCGGAUCACAUUUCCAUUGCUUGCUUCCAGUUUUCACUGGAUGUGUCUCCUGUUCUUAUAGCCAGGUAUUUAGUCUCUCUCCAGCUUUCACCAAAAAUCUUUCAUCACUCAAACAAAUUUGAACAGAGGGCUCUGCAACCAUAUGCAAUCUUUGAAGCCAGACCUUUUUUUUUUGCAAAAAAUGAACUAGUUCUAUUCCCAGCAUGCUGGAAACAUACAAGCUAAUGGGGCAGUCAGCAAGGUUAUAGAUCUUAGUCAAAGAAUCAUCAUCAAAUUGUCUGCCUGUGAUCACAGAGAAGAAAGUCAUCUAAGCAGUGUCCAGUAUACGUUCAACUUUAUAAGUACAGCCAUGUCAUUUUUGGAAAAUAGCCAGGAAGACACCACCGGGGAAAUUGUAGGGUAUCAAGCUAGAAU